AUGGAGAGGACAGACGUUAAAAUAUCGGCGCCAGGCAAAGUAAUUCUUCACGGCGAACAUUCCGUCUUGUAUGGGAAGACGGCCCUAGCAGUGAGCUUAGGGUUACGGUCUACUGUUAUCAUCAAGGAAUUGGCUCCAACUGAUAACCCUAAAAUACACGUUCACUUUCCAAACGUGGGCUUAGACGAUACCUUGGCCUUAAAGCCAGUUAUUGAACAACUGUUCACGACCUCGAUAUCUAGAAAAUGUUCCUGGAACGAACCCACAAGAAUAGACCAUGAGAGCCACCUGAAGAAGGUGGAUGGAGUUCUCCAUAUGAUUAGACCAGGUUUCGACGAUCUGCAGAGUAACCAGAAGAAUUCUCUAAGAUGCCUACUGUAUGCCUUUGGUGGUAUUUUUGGGAAUUCAGGCUUAAAUAUUAGUGAUUUCUCGAUAAAACUGACGUCAGAUCUUACGGUCGGUGCCGGAACAGGCAGUUCGGCUUCUUUCUCAGUCUGUAUUUGCGCAGCUAUACUACAAUUAGUGAAACUAAAGAAUUCGGAAAACGAUGGCGAUUUUAGUGUUGAAGAGAAAAAUAUUGUAUCGGCGUGGGCUUACAAUUGCGAGAAGAUCACGCACGGAGCGCCAUCUGGCAUAGACAACACGACAUGCACCCACGGAUCUCUGGUGUCCUUCAAAAAGGGCGAGGAUCCCCUUUUAUUAGCCAGCCCUGAGCUUCGCGUGUUACUAGUCGAUUCCCGAGUAGGUCGGGAAACUAGUAGACUGGUGGCAGCUGUUAAAGAUUUACAUGGCAGGAAUGUGGCAGCAGUCGACCAUGUAAUGGAGGCUAUGAACCAUGUGGCUGUUACGGCUGCUGAGCUCCUCAAAAAAUUAUCGAAUACGAAAUCAGAGGAAGAUAUCGAAGCAAUCUACAAACAUUUACAAGAACUGUGGGAGAUGAACCAUUGCCUCCUUGCAUCUUUGGGGGUAUCCCAUCCAGCACUAGAGGCCAUACGAUUAGCUGCAGGAGAUCACGGCUUGGCUUGCAAACUAACGGGUGCUGGCGGAGGGGGGAACGCCAUUGUACUGAUACCGCCAUCUACAGAAGAAUCUACUGUAAAUGCAUUAAAAACUAAACUGCUGAACAGUGGUUUUCGUGUAACCGACACUCUAGUAGGUGGCAGCGGCGUCGAAAUCCACAAAUGA